AUGGUCGAGCCCUUCUUGGGAACUUGGAAACUGGAAUCCAGUGAAAACUUCCAGGAAUUCUUGAAAGAACUGGGAGUGCCCGUCACCAUCCGGCCGCUGGCCGCCUCGGAGAAGCCCAGGAUCUACAUUAGCGCCCCCGGGGACAAGGUGAGCAUCAGGACAGAGACCUCAUUCAAGAACUUCGAGAUCUCCUUCAGGCUGGGGGAGGAGUUUGAUGAAACCACAGCCGACGGCCGGCACGUGAAGAGCGUCGUAAACUUAGACGGCGACUCACUGGUCCAUGUCCAAAGGUGGCUUGGCAAGGAGGCAACAAUCAGAAGACAAAUCGUAGACAAGAAAAUGGUGGCGAAACACACCAUGAAUAAUGUUGUCAGCAGGCGAGUCUUCAAAAGGGUGUAA